AUGGAAAGGACCUUCGCACCGUUCGUUCAACUGUAUCUAUUCCGGAUGGUUCUGCGUCAAAGGACCGUUUGGAAAGAUCCAAAAGGACAAAAGCAUCAGACGACGACCGAGCUUUUUCCUCCCGCAAGGAGCGAUCAAGUCAGCGGCAUGGCUGUGCAAGAGAAGGGGACGAGAAGAGGCAAGAAAAGCGGAAAGAAUCUACUGAAGAUUCUCACCAUCCUCGACAUUCGAGUAAGAGCCCUAAAAAGCGAAAAUUGUCAACAUCGUCGCAGAUGGCAGCUGAUGGAGAAGAACAAGAAUUAG